GGUAGCCAUGCCUCUCGCUACGCCCAAAGUCAACUCUUCCAUCUCUCUUCCCAUGAAUAUCUCGCAGCCCUUCAACACGUCUCCCGGCAACAACUCCAAGACAGUAGUUCGUCUCGCCAAGGAAAACGCGCGACUCAAUGCUCUCCUCAAGACGACACAAACCAAGCUUGAUCUACUGGAACGCUUUGUACGAUUUCUGGCGGUGUUUGGCAUGGAUACGGAGAUCAUGGAGAGGGCCGAACAGGCUAUGUGGGAUACCUCGACACCGAUGGCUCCUCAUCGUUCAGGCCCGCAGGCGAGUUCUUCGUGCGAUUUGGCAGUGGACCGUCAUGGAUACAGAGUUAAAGGCAAGGUGCAGGCUCCGGAUCAUAUCUCGAAUCGCGACCACCUUACACCAGAACAGCUUCGCGUCGUUGAAUCGAUUGAAAGACUCUGUGGCCAAUUUAGCGGGACAGACUUGGGAUCGUUGGAGGGGAGCAACACGAGUGUUGAAUCUGCUGCGACGUACGAAGCUGAUGCGGAUAAGACCAUGGUCGAGCAGGAGACCCCGAAGAAAAUCAAAGCACCGCUUACUUUUGCCCUUCGACCGCCUUCAGCGAAACGCAAUCCAACGAAAUUCCGGCAGGAUCCGGAUUAUUCCCAGAUGCCUGUGAAAACGAGAACGCCUCUAACUCCCCGAGGGACACCCCCAUCACGGACAACACCCACACACAAGACCGUUCUAGGGAAAUCGUCUAUCCAAACAACGCCCGUUCAGCGAAUCGGGCGUGGAACCCCAGUCAAGCGACACGCUAGUCCCGGCCAUUUUUCAUCCAACUCGAGCACUCCAGUUCAGUUGACUCCUCGCGCUACGACCUUGAUACCUUUACGUCGACCCAAAUCUCCAGCUAUACCAGUUCAACGAUCGCUAUACAAGCCUACCGUGUCCUCCGCAAUGAGAUCUGUUUCUGCUAGCCAGACUUCGAAGGUGCCUCGUUUGUCGUCUCAGAGAAGGUCCUUACAUCCCAGGAAGGAGAAAGAGAAUAUAAAGAAGAACGUUGUAUCUCAUUAGAGUAGAGUCUGUAUCAUGUCACUUUGUUCUCCGUUAUGUAAAUCGAAUGAAU